UCAGGCUAGUUAUCAGCCCCCUUCGACUCGAACUCAUCAUAUACACCCGUCCCUAUCUCGUAAAGUAAAUUAUAGCAGUUGUGUUUAUCUCCAAAUUGUAAUCGGUACGAUCGACCCAGAUUUUGGCUGCAGAGUGAGCUGAAAGGUUUACCAGUUUUUCCAAAAACCCAAGACUUAAACAUGUCUUCGUUCGCUCCCACAUCCUCGGAUGAUUCUGCUGGAAACGAUUCUAAAUACCGUGCAUUUGAUGCACCAGGAGCAGAAUUCUUCGAAGGCAUCGGUAAAAUUCCCCUGAAGAAGGAUGCUGGAGCCGAUGAAACAAUGGUGUUCAAGACCUAUGAACCAGAAAAAGAAGUGAUGGGACGACCAAUGAAGGAUUGGCUUCGUUUUUCUGUCUGCUUCUGGCACACGUUCCGUGGAACUGGAGCGGAUCCUUUUGGAUUUCCUACAUUGGUUCGCCCAUGGGAUGAUGGCAGUAACUCCAUGGCAAACGCCAAGAGGCGUCUAAGGGCGGGUUUUGAGUUCUUCACAAAGCUUGGAGUACCAUACUGGACAUUCCACGAUAGAGACAUAGCGCCAGAAGGAGCAACCUUAGCGGAGACCAACAAGAAUUUGGACGAGAUCGUCGACCUUGCAUUAGAGUUACAAAACAAAACAGGGGUCAAGCUGUUGUGGGCUACCUGUAACUUGUUUGCUCAUCAAAGAUAUAUGAAUGGGGCUGGAAGCAAUCCAGACGCCCACAUCUUUGCUAUGGCGGCAGCGCAAGUCAAGAAAGGUUUAGAGGUCGCAAAGAAAAUGGGUGCCCAAAACUUUGUUUUCUGGGGCGGAAGAGAAGGCUACCAUACAAUCUUGAACACCAACGUUCUCACAGAACUUAAUAACUUGGCCUCAUUCUUUCGAAUGGCUGCAGAAUACAAGAAAAAGAUUGGGUUUACGGGAACAUUGCUGAUUGAACCUAAACCAAAGGAACCUUCCAAGCAUCAAUAUGACUACGAUGCCAUGACUGUCAUCGGAUUCCUCAAACACUACGGACUAGACAAGGACUACAAGCUUAACAUUGAACCAAACCACACCACUCUGGCCGGCCAUGGAUACGAACACGACAUUGUAAUGUCAUCCGCAUUUGGAAUGCUGGGGUCCAUUGACUCUAACACGGGGUCACCGGACCUGGGUUGGGACACGGACCAGUUCCCCAUGGACAUUAAAAACACAACCAUGGUUAUGAAGACUGUGUUAGAACAAGGUGGUCUUUCGCCCGGUGGACUUAACUUUGACUGCAAAGUCCGAAGAGAAUCUACCGAGCUACGAGAUAUGUUUAUCUCCCACAUCGGUGCUAUGGAUUCUUUCGCAAGAGGGUUGUUGAAUGCCGAAAGAAUUCUAAAAGAGGGUGUUAUUGCCAAACAAGUUAAGGAAAGAUACAGCUCCUAUGAAUCCGGUAUCGGCAAAAAGAUAACAGAUGGUCAAACAUCAUUUGAAGAACUGGAGAAAUAUAUCCUUGACAACGGAAGCCCAACCAAUGUGGCUUCAGGUCGCCAGGAGCAUUACGAGUCUAUGUUGAACCACUAUGUCUAAAUAUAGACACCGGAGAUGUUCGAACACGUCCCUGUGUGGUACGAAGUGUAUACAACUACACCCUGCAACAGUGCUCUGAACCUGUAUUAAAACUGAAUUUGUUACAUGAACUUACCACAACGAACUCUAACUUUUAAGAUGAAACUCACCCGACCAUAGAUUUUUUUCUUUGUAAAUGAAUUUGUGUACAUAUUAAACUUGUAACUAUAGUUAGUGCGUAACUUUUAGUUGAUCGUUGUAUUUGUUAAUAGAUCUAGUUUUCUACAUAAAUUUUGAAUAAAAUCUGUGAUUUCUACA